AUGAUUUUCCUUUCCCGUUCAGGAGGGGCCAAAUGCAGCAACGACAUCCCCGGCGUCGAAUCUUCCGACGGCAUGGCUUGCUGCCCCGCCGAGUGCGGGGUGUGCUCUACCAGCUGUGGAUCGAAGCGCCGUCUCUCAUCUAGCGACAGCGGAGGCGACUCCUCAUCCUCAGCAGACUCGUCGGACAAGAACGGCCCCUCGUGUGGGACCCUGAAGCACCGCCGCCGCCUCUCCUUCGGGCGCGACGGGUCCAAGUACUCCUCCAAGGACUCCUCCUCCAAGGACUCCUCCUCCAAGGACUCGUCUUCCAAGGACUCGUCUUCCAAGGAUUCGUCUUCGAAGGACUCCUCUUCCAGGGACUCCUCCAAGGACUCCUCCUCCAAGGACUCCUCCAAGGACUCAUCUGACGACUCCUACGAUACCCCGAAGCACCGCCGCCGCCUCUCCUACGGGCGCGACGGGUCCAAGGGCUCCUCCAACGACUCCUCCUCCAAGGAUUCGUCUUCCAAGGAUUCGUCUUCAAAGGACUCGUCUUCCAAGGACUCGUCUUCCAAGGACUCGUCUUCCAAGGACUCGUCUUCCAAGGACUCGUCUUCCAAGGACUCGUCUUCCAAGGACUCGUCUUCCAAGGACUCGUCUUCCAAGGACUCGUCUUCCAAGGACUCGUCUUCCAAGGACUCGUCUUCCAAGGACUCGUCUUCCAAGGACUCGUCUUCCAAGGACUCGUCUUCCAAGGACUCGUCUUCCAAGGACUCGUCUUCCAAGGACUCGUCUUCCAAGGACUCGUCUUCCAAGGACUCCUCCAAGGACUCAUCUGACGACUCCCGCGAUGGUUGCGACUGUGGUCUCUCCGGAUACAAGCGCCGCGCGCUCCGCUCUGGCAGUAGCUAUUCCUCCGACUCGCGUGACGCGUCGUGCAACUGUGACCAUGGUCGUCACCUGUGGGGGGGCAGCGGCAGCAACGACAGCGGAUCGUCCGACUCCAACGAUCACUCAUCAAGCGGUGGCAGGGGCGCUGAUUCUUCGUCGGACUCCAACGAUCAUUCAUCAAGCGGUGGCUGGGGCUCUGAUUCGUCAUCCGAUGAUUCUGGGUCCGGCGAUGGAGACGACGGCUACGAGGAAUACUGCGAUUGCAGUCUCUCCGGCAGGUACUCGCCUCGCUAUGGUGACUCCUCCGACUCUGGUGGCUCCUCUGAUUCGUCCGAUUCUGGUGACGGCCAGUGCGAGUGCGAAUGCGAGCCCGCGCCCGAGCUCGAAUGCUGCGCGGACACUAUCGUGGAAGACGACGCGAUGUGCGACAUCUUUGGAUCGGCACCCUGCGUCCUAGGCUCCGCCCCUGCGCCUACGCCAGUUGCCGAGCCCGUUGCGCCUGUGACCGAGCCCACCGACGUGUGUUCCAACGGGAUCCCCGGUGUUCAGUCAGGGGUCUCUUGCUGUCUCGCUGAAUGCGGUGGAUGCGGUGGGUCUGGCUGCGCUGAGCUUGGCGGCGGCCUUGGCGAACACAACUGCUGCGAGGGCGAGAUCGAGGAAUUCGGCGAGCUCUGCUCGAUCAAACUCGAGGCGCCAUGUGUCAUAGACGGAAACGCGUGCUGUGUCGCGGAGUGCGGUGAAUGCGGCGGUCGCGGCUGUGGUGAGUUCGGUGGAGGCCUCGGGGCGGACCAGUGCUGCGAGAGCGACAUCGAGGAAUACGGCGAGCUCUGCUCCAUCGCAUUCGCGGCGCCGUGCUACAUCGACGAUGGCGCGGCUGACGACGACAAGCACUAGGCAGCCGUGGUAACAAGAUCGGGGGAAUGUACCUCAGAGGGGACUUGCCCCUGGCAUGCGUUUCUUUCUUUCCCAAUCGUUUGGUUGUCAGAUCUAACUGCUGCUAUUGCUUGUCACCUCAGUCUCUUGCCCAUCGCUCUGUUUUGCCUUCUUGACCGAGGUGGUGUAGGUCGAGGGUAAUUAACUUUGUAGAAAUCACAACGGUAUUUCUUUUCCUACACUUGAAGUAGCGCACCGUAGCGCAAAAUUGUAGUGAUCUCUUGCUGGAGAGGAGGACGCAUUCGCUAAAGGAGAGCCCCCCUCUCGAUUGAGGUUUUGACUUAAAAGUCGAAAGAAACAUCGUUUUUAUUGCUCUCUACGUCAUGACGUGGGGGUAUUUUCUGGAUGAAUGGCUGUCCAUUAUAGUAGUAUGCACUCCCAUUGGUAGGCUUGGUACAGCAUCAGUCCGAGAUCUGGUAGUCCAGGGAGUAUUUGUGUUCUUGAAUGGU